AUGGCAAACAGAUGCGACGUUGCUUCCCAUCCCGUGGCGCAAGAAGCUCGCGGCCAAGCCCGACAGGCCUCUCAAGAUUGGCCGCCUAUUGAAAGGGCGGGAUGGGCUGUUAUUGAUUGCCUCACGGCUGCAGGACAUACUUUGAUCGAAUGGGAUCCCACCUCGCAUGCUGAAGCUUAUAAGGAUUGGGUAGCCGCCACAUUCGCCGAUGACGGUGACUUCCACAGGAAACUGAGUGAGGCCAGCGGAGAGCCGCUAGUCAAAGGGCUUCUUGUUGGAACCGAAAAGGAUAUACUUUCAGUUGCAGAGUCUCGCGAUCUGGCUGCCAAAAAACUUAGGUACGAGAAAGACUACUUCAAGCGCUGGAACGAGGCAGGCAUUGACGCCCUUAUCACCACGGUGGCACCCUGGUUUGGGAUUAGACCCAGAGUGUAG